UCAUUGAAUGAGCAUCAAUAUCCUUGUGAUCCAUUUGCUGAAGAAACGCAGAGCCACUCUCCAGGCCCAUAGGUGCGCGGAACAAGCCCACCUUACUUGAAGCCUCAGGCAUCUUUGUUACUGAGCAACACAGGCGAAGCCGGUCGGUGGGCAUCCGCUGGUACCAUGGCGAGGGACAAGAACAAAGAAAAGAAAUCAUUUUCCGGAUUUUUCAAGAAUCUGAGAAGGCCUUCGGAAGCCAUACCUGCCUCUCCAAGUCAUCAGGCUGGAUCCAGUGAGCCGAGUUCUCUGCCUACUCCUACUGUUACUUCCGAGCCGAGUGCUUUUGUCCCCCAUUCUUCCAACUCUUCUCGGAAUGCAGAAUCGUCACCGAUGCCUCGAAAAGCCAUUGGCCUUAUCGAGCUGACUGGCCAAGAUGAAUGCUCGGGUCCGGCCUCAGAAAGAGGCUGGGCGGACAUUGUCGCUAUUCAUGGAAUAGGUGGCGAUGCCUAUAGAACCUGGACGGCCUCAAAUGGUGCCUUGUGGCUAAGUGACUUUCUGCCUAAAGAUAUCGAGAACGUGAGAGUUUUCUCAUUUGGAUACGAUGCCCGGGUUUGGCCAACGAGAGCGAAGGGGACGGUAGAAAGCUUUGCGCGAUCCUUGCUUAACGAUUUAAGGAUAAUGUGGAUGGAAAGAGGAAAGGAGGAAAGACCGUUGAUCUUCGUUUGUCACAGUAUGGGAGGAAUUGUUCUUAAGAAGGCUUUCAUUAUCGCUAGGCUGUCGUCCGAGGGUGAAUAUCCCUUCAUGAGACAAUCGGUUAAGGGCAUAAUUUUUAUGGGCACGCCCCAUCAGGGAUCAGAGGCCGUAAAAUGGCCACAGCUAUUGGCAAACUUGGUCGAUUUUGGUCUAUACUUCGGUUCUAGCUGGACCGGUAAAACUCGGAAAGAUCUACUUGAGGACUUAGCCAAAGACUCAAAACCCCUAGAAUUGAUGGCUACAGAAUUUGUGAAUCAGAUCGGGGAGAUACAAAUCGUCUCUUGCGUGGAACAGCGUGCGACUCCGCCACUCUCCUCCGAGAUAGUGUGUCGACAAUCUGCACUCCUGAAUCUUCCUGGGGAAAGAAUUAUUAUGAUGGAUGGCUGUGACCACCGCACGAUGUGUCAAUUUCCAAAUGUCCUAGACCGAAACUAUCGCCGUAUUCGCAGUGAAAUCAAGGAACUUCUCGGUUUGUUAUAA